CGAGUAAGCAGAAAGCUGAAUCACUCUUAGAAGACAGUGGAAUUCUCAGAACGCCAUGAAGAUUGUUAUCUUUUCGUUAACCCUUCUCCUAGUUAAAACUCUUGCACAAAAUCAAGAAGAACAUGAUCCAGAGCAUGAAGGUGGACACCGUCAAGUAUUAGAACCGAAUGAGAUACCCGCAGAUCGUGUCGCUGAAUUGGAUGCGACGUACAAGAAUCAUUUCGCCAACCAAUUCUUCAUGCCGUUAUUGGCAAAUUACCUUGUUCAUGAAUUUACAUCUGACAUUUAUGUAAGUAGAAAUGCAAAGGAUUGCUAUUAUGAAGACUGUCAACCUGGUUCUCAAUAUAAUUUCAAGUUCGAGGUCAAAUCAGGUGCUUCGGUAACAACCAACGGAUACGUGAACGGUUACGUUACUCAACCAGAUGGAACCGUUGUUCAUCCAGAAAAUACGGCUCCGUCAAGUGAAAACACUAUCACAGGGAUUUGUAGCUCUCACGGUGAUUAUGAGUUCUGUGUUGAUAACACCGGAGAUAGGUUAGCGGCGAAGAGAGUAGCAAUACAUAUUGUAAUGGCCCACUAUCCAGAAGCGACGAGAUUCCACGCGAAGAAACAUCUCAGUGAGAAUACAAGUAUCAGCUACCAUCUUUUCGACAAAUCGUUCCAGAUUGCAAACGAUAUUUCGUCUGUUAAACUGAAAACUGAGUCUAUGCAAAAUAUGCACGAACGCGAUUGGGAUUUGAUGAACACCAACCAUGAAUAUGUUGCCUACACUUCGUUCACUGCUAUCUGUCUCAUGAUACUUGUUGGAUACGGACAGAUACUGUCAAUCAAACGAAUGUUUCAAAGCAACGAGGUCGUCGCAAAUGGGAAAACUGCAUUACGGUUGUAAUGUUAUUAUUGAUUAUUGUUGUGAAUUUUACGAACGCAUGUUUUCAAGCAACAGGAAUUCAUAAUAGUAAUUUAGGAUAGGCCUUAUUGGAACGCGCAUGGCUAAUUGUAAGAAGAAUACACAAUUUCCUGCUCGGCG